UCGCCGGCUUUCAUUAACUUGCGGGAGGUGAGCUGUCGCUUCAAGCUUCCGCCUGGAACGUACGUUAUCGUACCGUCGACGUUCGAGCCGAACGAGGAGGGCGAGUUCAUUAUCCGCGUGUUCUCCGAAACGGCCAACAGUAUGAUGGAAAACGAUGAGCAUGUCGGCAUCGGCGACAUUGAUGAUCGGAUCGCACCAGAAGACCCCGGUUUCACGCAACCGUCCCCCCAGCGGCAAGCCAUGGAACGACUGUUCCUGGAUGUGGCCGGUGAGGACGGUGAAGUGGAUUGGGUCGAGCUGAAGCGCAUUCUCGAUCACUCCUUCCGCGAUGAUUUGCCAAAAACGUCGUCACUGAACGGGCUGAAUCACCAGACGUACGCGGCGACACAGAACGCGGACAACUACGCUCCCGGGGGUGGCGGUGGUCCCGGCGCCGGUGGUCUCGAGGAUCUGUUAGGUAUGCUGAUGAACAUGUGCUGCAAGGGAGUGCUCGGAGGCGACGACAGCAAUGGUAACCGUGGCCCGUCCGGUCCCGCCAAUCUCGACAGUCAAAUAGUAACGAACCAACGGCCGCUGCACGAUAACAUAUCGGCGGAAGGAUUUUCCAAAGAUGUUUGCCGUGCAAUGGUCGCCAUGCUGGACGUGGACCACACCGGUAAGCUCGGAUUCGACGAGUUCCAGCAGCUUCUCACCGAUAUCGCCAAAUGGAAGGCCGUGUUCAAACUUUACGAUACGGAGGGUACGGGUCGGUUGAGUGCGUUCCAGUUGCGUGAAGCACUUAACUCGGCCGGUUACCAUCUGAAUAAUCGCAUUCUGAAUGCACUGGUGCAUCGGUACGGAUCGCGCAGUGGUACGAUACCGUUCGAUGAUUUCAUCAUGUGCGCAGUCAAGAUUAAAACCAUGAUUGAAAUCUUCCGCGAGCGGGACCCCGACGGUUCGAAUCAGGCCACCUUCAGCAUGGACGACUGGGUCGAGAAAACGCUCUACUCUUAAGCGAGGCUGCGGCUGAUGAUUGUUUUUUUUUUACGGCAAUGAGGCUCGCGCUGAGAGUUUAGUUGUCUUUAGUAACUCGCUCCUCGAAAUCAACCAGAGCGACGCGAACAAAACGGAAUCGUUUCGUAUUAAGAUAUCAAGAAGAAGCGUCCAACAGCGAAAGCGUUGUCUAGUUGUAAGAAUUGGAAGAAUUCGUUAUUGUUUGUUUGUUUUUUUAAAGUAAAACAACGUUUAAAGCAUUUUUCUGAUAUUUCGCUCUCCAUGUUGUACCCACUUAGCGUUAUGCGAUACGCAUGCGCCCUUAUGAUGCGCUUCAGGCCCGCGGGGAAGGCCCGUGGUCUACAUCAAAUCGUUUUGAAACGGAACUUUUAACAUCACUUAUUGUCUCGACGUGCUUAUGAACAUCGUAAAAGUUUUUAAAACGUAAAGUAUGAGAUACUUUGAAAAUAAUGCAACAAAACAACAACAACAACAACAACAAAAAACCACUGUGAGAACAAAUGAUAUCCAUCGCUACCGUUACCGACGGCCAAUUAACGGAAAUGUCGGUGGCCUUUCCCGUUACAUCGAAAUGUAACUUAUUCUCGAAGAACUAUUUAAAGUAACGAAUAAAGGAUUGUAUUUAUGAGCCAAUA